UCGAUGGUCCAAUGUUUUGUCUGGAAAGUGUAGCCUCACCUCUGCUCAACAAAAGAGGAAAGGAAAAAAGAAGCAGCAGAUGAGAGCACAAGACUGGACUGAGGUCACUGAGCACAUGGAACCCAAGGCUUCCAGGAUCAUUUCCCCAGCAGAGAGGCAGACCUCAGCCUCGCUCUAAUGCAUACAGGACCGCUGCGAGGACAAAAAACAGCCGGGCCGUAUUUCAGCUCAUCUGAGGGGGAAAAAAAACAUCCCCAGUUGCCUAAAGCAACAUCACCCAACCUAAGAGGAUCCCCCCAGUGCUGCUGUAUCUGGCUUUCAUCUACAGGCAAUCAAUCGCACCACUGAUACCUCCCAGGGAGAGUAACUCAUAUACAGACAGACAUCAACAAGAAACAACAAGCCAAAUGAUGAGUCUUCUCUGCAGACGGACAAUACAGACAAUAUUCAUACUUGUUUUGCUUACUGAAUUACAAGUGCUCUGCCAAGAUUAUGAAACCAACUACGAUGACUAUGACGUAGAAGAAGAGUCACAGCCAGAGGUUCCUUUCCUGGUUGGACCUCAGGAAUCUGAUAAUACUAACACAGUUGAAUCCUACGAAUGUGCCAGAGAGUGCAUCUGUCCAUACUCAUACCCCUUCGCAAUGUACUGUGACCAUCAGAAACUUAAAGCCAUCCCAGAUGUUCCGAGUCACAUCCAUCAUCUGUACCUUCAGUAUAACGAGAUUGAAGCCAUCACUUCCAAACCUUUCACCAAUGCGACAUCCCUCAGAGACAUCAAUCUAAGCCACAAUAAGCUUCAAUCUUCUCGCGUAGAAAGGGAAGCCUUCACCACACUGAGACACCUCAUUCAUCUCCACCUGGAGCACAACAACUUGGAAGAAGUCCCUCCAUCUUUGCCCAAAACUCUCCAGAGACUUCACCUUGGCUUCAACAAAAUCUCCAAGAUCCCAGCAGACACGAUUCAGAAACUAACCAGCAUCACGGUCCUCGACUUGUGCAACAACAGGCUAACCGACGCUGGCAUCAAAGGAAAGGCCCUGUCCGGAAUGAAGCACCUCAUGCAGAUUAACAUGUGCAACAACAGGCUCAAGUCCAUGCCGUCGGACCUUCCAGAAUCCUUGCUGCAGCUCUCAGUGGAGAACAACUCCAUCAGCUCCAUUCCCGAGGGCUACUUUAAAAAAACUCCCAAAAUCCUGUCUCUCAGGGCAGCGCGCAACAAGCUUAAGGCAGUUCCUUACAAUGCCUUCAACCUGUCCAGGCUGAUGGAUCUGAACCUGGGCCACAACCAGCUCUCCAAAACCUUUUUCAUUCCCAAGACCUUGGAACAUCUAUAUCUCAAUCACAAUGACUACAAAGAGCUGAAUGUUUCUCUUAUGUGCCCAUCAGUGGACCAGGACAACCCAAAUAAGCUAACUUACCUUCGUAUUGACAACAAUAAGCUAAGAGGACCUGUGGACUUCCAUGCCUACACGUGUUUCCCAAGGAUGCGGAUGAUUUUUUAUGGUGAACAAAAGAAACUCGAGGAGUACGAACCUUCAGCUAAAGAAUAAACGUGGGAAAAAUUCACAAGCUAAAACGCUCAAGCGAUCUUAUAUUAUUUAAAAGCUUCUCUAGACUGAUGUUACUGAUGAACCUAGGGUUUAAAAACUUACUGUAAACUAGAUAAUAAUGAUGCAAAAGUAAGACAUAGACAGGGAAAAAAAAAAACAAUAUUGAGAUCAACAUUCAGUCUGUGAGUUUUUACCAUCUCUUGCAUGAGCAUGAUUCGAGUUUCUUGGCAUGGAAAUACCAAUAGUUUUAUAUUCACUUUAGUUGUAACUAAAAUAAAGACACUGCUUAUGCUGCAUUUAAAUGUGUAGAGCUGCUUUAAUAAGAUACAGAAAUUAUUUGUUACAAUGAGAUCCCCCUGAUACUGUAUGUGCAGUUGUAUUAGCAUGAGCACAGGACUGCUUUUAUGUACAUUCCCAAAAAUCCACAGCUUAAUAUUAAGAAAAUACACAAAGCAUGGCACUUCUUGGUGCAACUGUAAAUGUACCAUGUAUAUACACUCACUUAUGUAUAGGUUGUGAAAGCAAAUUAUUGUAUUUUCAGAAUUCUUUUGCAUGAAAAUUUUGAAAUUAAGAAUUAAAGUAUCACACUUUCUGAAUGUA